AUGGCGCCUCAAAAGCUACAAUACAUCAUUAACCCGGCCCAUUCCACGGGCCCAGAAUCAAGCUCAGCACAACGAAAAACCGCCCGUUCACACGCCGCUCGAGCAGCACAUGCUAAGGAAAGACGCCAGCGAACACUACAAUAUCAAGCGCAGAAAAGACGCGAAGAAGAGAUUAAAAUCACACAAGAUGGGUCGGAUUCCGAACCACAAAUUGCAUUUCAUUCAACUACGCCCAAGGCUACCACUCUGCUGUCAGCUAGUAGAAGAGAUCCAUUCAUGAGCUAUGCAAGAAAGUUGCAACCAAUCGAAGAGGCUCUAUUCGAUCACUUUCUACAAGCCCGCUAG